AUGGAUACCCUCAAUAUCGGUGGCAAUGAAAAGGACCGAUUUUAUCGGUAUAAAAUGCCAAAACUUAUCUCAAAGAUCGAAGGGAAAGGCAAUGGAAUCAAGACCGUUAUCCCCAAUAUGUCAGACAUCGCUCGUUCUCUUGGGCGUCCGCCAACUUAUCCCACCAAAUUCUUUGGGUGUGAACUUGGUGCUCAAGUAAAGUGCGAUGAAAAAACCGAUCGUUACAUUGUCAAUGGUGCCCACGAAGCUGCGAGACUGCAAGAACUAUUAGACGGAUUCAUCAAGAAAUUCGUUCUGUGUGCCGGUUGUCAAAAUCCCGAAACCGAUUUGAUAAUCAGCAAGAAUCAAAAAAUUAUUCGUGAUUGCAAAGCUUGUGGUCAAAGAACUGAUAUUGAUAUGCGUCAUAAAUUAGUUACUUUUAUUCUAAAAAACCCUCCAACUCCCCCCAAAGGAAAAGGUGGUAAAAAGGACAAAAAAGCUGCCAGUAAGAAAAAUGGUAACGGCGAACCUGAUAGUCCUAAAGAUGAAGGAGGUUCUGAAGAAGGUUCUCAAGAUGAACUUACACGAUCCAUCAACACUGCUGCAGCCGAACUACCCACUGCCGAUCCCAAUUGUGAUGACGAUGAUUGGGCUGUUGACACUUCUCCAGAAGCUGUUCGCGAUCGGAUUAAAGAUUUAGAGAAAGAUCCUCAUGAGCAGCUUGCUGAUUGGUUGGAAAAAAACAAAAGUCUGGGCACCAAAGAAAUUUAUAAGAAAACAAAAGAACUGGGUAUUACUAAAGAAAGCAGUAAAAUCUUGCAAGUACUUGUUUUGGGUCUCUUUGAUGAGAAUUUCCGCAAGGAUACUGUGAUCGACAAACAAAUUCGCAAAAGAGCUAAAUUGUUUCAAAAGUUCAUACAAAACCACGACGAUCAACGUAAUCUCUUAGGGGCUACCGAAUAUCUUGUUGGCGUGAAAUACGAAGAAUUAUUGGAAAGCAAGAUUAUAUGCAAAAUCUUGAUGGAGUAUUACCAAAAUGAAUUGAUCGAAGAGGAUGUAUUUCAAAUCUGGCUCGAAGGAAAUGAAUCGCCAAAGUAUAAAAAAUUAUUCAAACAAACAGCUAAUAUCGAUUAUGUCGAUCCUCAAGUCAAUAGAGAUAUUC